CAUCUGAGGCGGCUGCUCUUCUCGUGCCUCGGGCGCCCGGUGACAGAGUUGUUCUCUGCUGCUGCCACCGAGGAGAGCCGAGCCAGCUGCUUAUAGAAGGCAGCGGGAGGUUGCGCAGGCUGGAGAGGCUGGGGAAGAAGGGAUGGAGAUAGGGCUGCCGCUCUGUGGGACCAGUUUAACCAGCAGCAGUCGCCAGAACACAGCUUAAAUAAACUUCUGCCCAAAGCAACUGGCAAGUGAUUAUUUGAAGAAGAUUCAGUAUAGCAUCUGGGAAGUCAUUAACGCCACAAUGAAGCACUUCCUGAGAUGUAUUAUUGCUACAACAAUGGGAAAGAUAAGAAAGGAUUUCUUCAAGCAAGAGUUAAUUUCCAUUAGCGCAUUUAUUGAAACUGUUCAAAAUAAGCCAUUUUUCUUUUGAUGUCGCAAAAGGCGAUGUCACUCACCCACACAUAAGGUGGAGGCGUAGUACUCCAUGACAGGAUGCUGAUCCAGAUUUGUGUGUAUUUUUACUGCAAGUGCCUGUGGCGCUGUAUGAAAUUUGUGGUGAGGAAACUAACAGGACGAUGUGAGCUACAAAGAAUCUGUUACAAUAACAAGCCAGGAGCCGGCAGAACCAUGAAAAUAGAAUCAUCAUUGAGGGAUUCAAAAAGUAAGCUGUUGCAGACUUCAGUAAGUGUUCACCCUGAUGCAAUUGAAAAGACUGUUGAUGACAUCAUGGAACUGAAAAAAAUCAACCCUGACGUAAAUCCACAGUUGGGGAUCUCUCUCCAGGCUUGUCUCCUGCAAAUUGUAGGGUAUCGAAACCUCAUUGCAGAGGUUGAAAAGCUGCGUAGAGAGCCAUAUGAUUCAGAUAAUCCCCAGCAUGAAGAGAUGCUUUUGAAGUUAUGGAAAUUCUUGAAGCCUGAUACUCCUCUGGAAGCUCGGAUUUCUAAGCAGUGGUGUGAAAUUGGUUUCCAAGGUGAUGAUCCUAAAACAGAUUUUCGAGGGAUGGGACUUCUGGGACUGUAUAAUUUGGAGUAUUUUGCUGAAUGGGACAUCGUAACAGCUCAACAGGUGCUCUCUGAUUCCCUUCAUCCAAAAUACAGCAAAUUCAGCAAAGCAGAAUGGGAAAAGAAAAGGUUGGAUAAAGCAAUUGGGUACUCUUUUGCCAUUGUGGGCAUUAAUAUUACUGACCUGGCCUAUAACCUACUGGUAAGCGGCGCUCUGAAAACCCAUUUCUACAAUGUUGCACCUGAAGCCCCAACCUUGUCUCACUUCCAACAAACUUUCUGUUAUUUGAUGCAUGAAUUUCAUAAGUUUUGGAUUGAAGAGGACCCCAUGGAUAUAAUGGAGUUCAAUCGUGUACGGGAAAAAUUUCGCAAGAGGAUCUUAAAACAGCUGCAGGAUCCAGACAUGGCAUUAUGCCCCCACUUUGCUGCCUCAGAAGGUUUAAUCAAUAUGUAAUCAAUCACUAUUAUUCUACUGGAAAAUACUGGAACACUGCCUCACUUAUUGUGUUAGAGCUCUGCUUAAGUCACAACUCCCAUACUGAAUGAACAUGGCAGUUGUAUGCAUGCUUUUUGGUGCAGUAUUUUUAUCUAUUUUGGUUAUUAUAUGUAUCAGAUCCCCAGAUACAUUUCUGGGGGAUCUGCCAUCAAAUUUGUGCUCAUAUUGUGGCAAUUUGCAGUGUUACAUCUUGACAUCUAAGUAAGACAGAAUUUUUUCUAUUUUUUUAGAUUAUUCCCCCCCUCAUAAUUUAUCAUCAAAGAAUUGUAUUUCUCUAUAGCUGUGUUUUGUAUAUGUGAAAUAACUAGCUGAAUCUUGUACUGUGAAAGCCUUUUAACUUAUUGAUAUUUUUUUUUGACUGCUGCUAUUGGCAUUUCAAGCCAAGUCCAUGCUUGGGCCUCAUUCCAAAGAAGUAUAUCACUUUAAUGUAAUGCAGGCAGACACAUGAUAAGCCAAACUCUUCUUUGCAAGCUUAGUUGCGCUUCAUGAAAAUGUAAUGAGGCUUACCAGACACAAGCUUUUGUAGGGACUAUUCAUUCAAAAGAAGGCAGAAUUCCAUUGUGACGUCUCCUAGUAAUGAUCCAUCUCAUAGCCAUCUAAAUAUCAAAGUAUCUUACUUCAUCGGCUGAGAGGCCUAAAUCCAUCUGUGAUGCCUGAACACUAACAAAAGAUGUAUCCCUUCCAAUGGGUUUUCCCACUGCCUGAUUCCUGUUAACACUUAGGCUUAGUCUACAGCCUGGUUCUGAUCCAAACUCCUGUGUUUGGGGAACUGAGUGCUGAAUGGGACAGCUUACUGUGUGUGUCAGGCAGGGGUGCACACUAAUACUGUGCAUGGAAAGUGGUGGCAAAGGAGAAACCUAAAAGAUUCCUUUCUGCAGUUUUUGUUUUAAAUUAAAAGUUUAAUCCUUUAUCAUGGGAUGCUAUUUAAAAGAGGGGAAAAAAUAGAUUCCCAAACUGGUAAUGAUUAAAAUAGAAAAAUAAAAGUAAAAUCAUUAAACCCCUCCCCACCUUCUCCCAUUAAGUUUGGAAUGAUGACUGUGUAGUCUGUCAACUGGUGUUUACCAUGGCAUUUCAUACCCAUGGUAUUUUAUACCUUCUAUCAAUUUUAGUAUUAUUAGAAGUUUGUGUAAUCACUGGCAUAUGAAAAUGACUUUUGAGUACUGACUA